AUGGCCAGCCUCAACGAAGAGGCGCUGAGGACGCAGGGUCGGCUUUGGGCGCUGCUCGAGCGCAGCGAAGGUGCCCUGCUGCCGGAGAUCUCGGUGAUGCAGAAGAAUGUGCUCUUCGACCUGGUGGCACAGCUCCUGGACUUCGCGCUCAGCGAGGCCGGGCGCCUGUCGAAUGCCUCCACCCCUCCUGCCCGGGUCCUGGAGCGUGCCUUGUCCUUCGCCCUGGCCCUGGAGCACGGAAAGGAGAUCGCUGUGCCGGUGGACUCCCGCACACAGGCGCUGAAACUCGCCUCGUUGAUUGACACGCAGCUCCUCUGCCAGGUGGUGACGGGACCCUUCCGCCGUCGACUUCUCGCCUUGGCACGGCGUCGGGCAGAAGGCACCCUGGCACCCUUUGCUGGAAAGAGCGGUGUCAGCUUCCUGUUCUUCCUCUUCACGUCCAUUUCCAAGGUCAAGCCGGGCAAAUGCUCGAUCCUCCUGUAA